AUGUCAAGAACAGAGGCAAUCUUGCGGCUCCUCCUGGCCCUUUUCAUCCUCCCCUGCAACACAUCCAUUUCCUCCGCCGCAUCCACCGCUGAUGCGUUCCUCCACUGCCUCGCCGCCGCCAUCCCGCCCAAUCUCCUCCACACCCCGCCCUCCCCGUCCUACUCCCCGCUCCUGCUCUCCUCCGUCCGGAACCUCCGCUUCGUCACUCCCGGCACCCCACGGCCUGUUGCGAUCGUCGCCGCCGGAGAGGCCUCCCACGCCCAGGCCGCCGUGCGCUGCGGCCGUCUGCACAGCGUCCGCGUCCGCGUGCGCAGCGGCGGCCACGACUACGAGGGCCUCUCCUACCUCUCCCUGGACCCCCGCGAGCCCUUCGCCCUGCUCGACCUCGCCGCGCUCCGCGCCGUCCGCGUCGACCCCGCGCGCGCCGAGGCCUGGGUCGGGUCGGGCGCCACGAUCGGCGAGCUCUACUAUGCCGUGGCCGCCGCGAGCCGCGCGCUCGCCUUCCCCGCCGGGGUCUGCCCCACCGUCGGCGUCGGCGGCCACCUCUGCGGCGGCGGCUUCGGCACGCUGAUGCGCAGGUAUGGCCUCGCCGCCGACCACGUCCUUGACGCCGUCCUCGUGGACGCCAGCGGGAGACUCCUGAACAGGACCACCAUGGGGGAAGAUCUCUUCUGGGCCAUCAGGGGUGGCGGCGGCGAGAGCUUCGGCGUCGUGCUGUCCUGGAAGCUCCGGCUCGUGCGUGUGCCGGAGUCGGUCACGGUGUUCACCAUCCGUCGGUCAAGAAAACAAUUGGCCACCCAUCUCAUAGCCAAAUGGCAAGAAAUCGCGCCCGCCCUGCCCCCCGACCUCUACCUACGGGUCGUCGUGCAUAACCAGGACGCUCAGUUUCAGUCCCUGUUUCUUGGCCGAUGCGACCGCCUCGUCAGUCUCAUGCGAGCUCACUUCUCUGAUCUUGGAAUGGUGCGAGCAGACUGCGAGGAGAUCACCUGGAUCCAAUCCACCAUGUACUUCGCGUUCCACUCCAGCUUCAAGCCAUUAGAGCUGCUCUUGGACAGGGGUAACAAGCCAGACAGUUAUGUGAAAGCUAAGUCUGACUACGUGCAAGUGCCAAUCCCAUGGCACGUCUGGGAGAGCACAUGGACAUGGCUGGCGAAGCAGGAAGCCGGGAUCCUCAUCCUAGAUCCCUACGGCGGCAGAAUGGGAAGCGUCGCGCCGUCUGCGACGCCUUUCCCUCACCGGAAGGGGAAUCUGUACAACCUCCAAUACUACUCCUCUUGGUCUGAGAAUGGAACAGAUGCGUUUGAUAAGCAUAUGGCCUGGGUCAGGGGUCUGUACAAGCAGAUGGAGCCAUAUGUAUCCAAGAACCCAAGAACUGGGUAUGUGAACUACAGAGACCUGGAUCUUGGCAGGAAUGAAUUGGGCGACAAUGUGACCAGCUAUGCAAAGGCUAGAGUUUGGGGGGAGAAGUACUUCAAGGGCAAUUUUGAGAGGUUGGCAGCAGUCAAGGCCAUGGUGGAUCCUGAUGACUUCUUCAGAAAUGAGCAGAGCAUCCCACCUCUUCCUGCUGCAAAGGGAUGGAACUCCAUGUGA